CACCGCAUCCCACAAGCGAAGUGGAGGCCGCCAUUUUGGCUCAAACAAAGUCAGAAAAUUUUACUCGGAACGGAAUAUUUUGUAUUUUUUUAACACGACACCUACAAUUUGCCUAGCAGCGGUAUAUUAUUUGUUAGUUAAAAAUUUUAGUCCAUUAUAAAAUACUAACCUUAAAAGUAAUGGUUUAAACCAAACUGAAAGGCAAAGCAGUUUAAACAUUGUCGUCGAACGUUGAUGCUGAUUUUGUGCGAGAACGAUGGGUGGAUGCUCGGCUCCCAACUGUUCCAAUUCAACCAGUAUAGGCAAACAGCUGUUCAGGUUCCCCAAAGACCCUGCCCGGAAGAAGAAAUGGGUUCUGAACUGCCGACGUGACUUUGAACCAACUCCUCACUCCAGACUCUGUCAAGACCAUUUUGAGCAGAGUCAGUUUGAGGAGAUAGCCAAGUCCCCAGCAGGAGGGAAGAAACUGAAGCCCAACGCCAUCCCAACUCUGUUCAAUGCUGGAGACCCCCCAUACCCUGUUGUCACUUCCACAUUCGUUAUGUUGCCCCUCAAACCCGAGCAAGUGGAAAAGGAACUGAAUGUUGGCGACCACGGCUACGCCAGACGCACCCCUCUGUUCGGCCUGGAAGAAGACGACGGGGACAGGGCGGGUGCCGAGCGGCAGUCCUGCGCACAGUGUCAUCUUCUCAAGAAACAGCUGGAGAAAGAGAUGCAGAACACCGCCAGACUGCAGAAGGAGGCGGAGGAGAUGAGAAAGCGUCUCUUCAGACUGGACCAGAUUGAGAAGGGACUCCAGAACUUUCUGUACGAGGACCAGAUCCGAGCCUUGUCCCUCAUCAAGCAUUCCCGUCGUGCCGUCUGGUCUCCGGAAACCAUCCUGAAGGCCAGAAAGAUCCGUAGCGCCGUCGGCACCAAAGGUUACGAGUACCUCCGAGAACUGGGCUACCCGCUGCCCUCGUACCGGACUCUGUGUAACCGCCUCACGACCAAGAUCAUGGUCACCACCGACAUGAGCUGCGAGGAGCUGGCCGAGCUGGGCUUGGGACUCAUGGCCACCUGCGACAGCCCCACGGAAGGUGUAGGGGACAACGAUGAGGAAGACCUAAUUGCUGUCUUGUCCUGAUUGACAGGUGACAGACUGUUUCCUGUCACGACUUGUUUACACAAACCAGAAAGAACCCAUUACUGGUUUACACUCAGAAGAUGUACAACAUUAAUACUGCUGCGCUAACUGGAGUUUUAUCCAAGGUUAAACCCUCAUGAAGAAAUGAUGACAUGUUGAUAUUGUUACUAUAUCAAGUUAAAGGGACCCGGAUACACCGACUUUGACCUUGUAGCUCUCGCUGUUCAGGCUCACUUUCAGAAGUGAGGCAAUGGGAGUACUAUAACCCAGAUAAACAAACAUGGCGGUGUCCGAGACAAACAGUGUUUAGCAUGAUUAUAGCCAAAAAUUGCAGUAAUUGUCAAUAAGAAACAUCUGGAGAUGAGGAUUGGUCAAUUGCUUAUCCUUCAACUAUUCUUUUAAAUCAGCUUCUUCGUGAGCAUAAAUGGUGUAUAUUUUUUAAUUUAGUGUAUAUUUUGGACUCCGCUAUGAAAAUCUAUAUCAUGCUUUGCAGCUUUGUCGCUAUCACAGAAUAGCAAAGACAUGGCUUUUUUGUCUGCUGCAGCAACUUUGGCGUUCAAUAGCAAUAGCAUCCUUUUUUAAAAUCAGUCUAUAGCGUACUGUCAAGCUAAAUGCUUGAAAAAGCAAAUACUGAAAUGAUCAGAGCAGAACUGGAGGUGGGCGUCCAUCAUCCAUGCAUGUCCUUUGUCCAUUGUUGUCUUAAACCACCCUCUUUGGGAAAAGAAAACCAACAGACAAUAUGACUGGAAUAUAUUGAACAUCCAGCAGCAACACAACGUUUUUGGCAUGGCUACUAUUUGGAUGAAAUAUCUACUGAAACAGGUCCAGCAUCUCCGUGGAGAUGCCUUUGUUUGCUCUGCUUUAACCGAGAGGUGUCACCCCUAUGAUGUCACUUCCAGGAAUGAGGCUGAAGAGCGAGGUUGUCAUUACAAACAACAUACAAUAUAUCAAAGUAAAGCUUGCAGAAUCCUGUAGUACUUCCACAUUCUAUAUGCGUGCUAUCCAUAUCUGUAUAUACAUAUUUAUUUGACUCGGAGCUAAAAUUGCCAUAUAAGAAAAAUGUAAUAAAGCAUUCCCAUAUACUGUAUUAUUAGCAUGCUAUGCUAAGUGUAUGCAUGUGAUCAUAGACAACUAAGCUUAAUCUGUCUUAAUGCAAUGAAAUGGAAGCUUCCUUUGCUUUGAAACAUUGUGGAAAAAAAACGUGAAUUCAACAUGCAUACAUUGUGUUCUGUGAUCAGUUAUACCAUUAAGCUUUAACGCUGAUGGUUAAGAACUAAACUAAUGGAAACGCUUUGAUUAUGUUUCUACAGGCAGCAUUCUAUUUGCCCUUAAUCAUUAAACAAGCCUUUGCGUUCAUCUUCUUGUGCUGAUG